UUAAGAAAAAAGAAAAAUUUCAUUCUCAAAUAUGAAUUUAAUUUUGAAAAAUAAAAAUUUAAAUUUAAUAAUAAUGAAAUCAAAAUUUAAAAAGAAAAAUUUUCAAAAAUAUUUUAAAAAAUAAUUACAAAUAAAAAUAAGCUAUAAAUUAUUAUUUAAAAUUCAAAAGCAAAAAACCCAAAAGAUAAAGUGAAAAAAUAAAUUGUUCAAUAAAUUGUUCCCUAUAAUAGAAGGGUUCAAAUCACAUUAUACUCUCGCAUUAUAUUUACGUAAAACACAUAAAAAGGGUAGCAAAAAAUCGUAUAACAGUUAAUUAAUAGAUAUACAUUAUAUAGUAUAAAAAAUAUUUCACAAAUUUAUAAUUUUUUUAUAAUUUUGCUCUUUUUUAUAUAUAAAAAUUUUAUAAUUUAUUAUACAAUAAUAAUAAUAAUAAUAAAAUAUUAAUUAUAGAUUAAUUAUACUAAUUUAAUUAUUAUACAAUAAAUAACAUUAUAUAGUAAAAAAAAUUGUAAUAAUAAUUUAGAAAAAAAAAAAUUUCUCAUAAUUUUUUUGGUGUCAUCUAUAUAUUAUAAAUUUUAAAAUAAAAUCAAAAUAAAAAAAAAAUUAAAUUAAAAUAAAUAAAUUAAUAAAAGAAUUACAAAUAGAAAAAAAAAAACAAAAAUAAAAUAUUUAAAAUAUGGGCUGUGGACAAAGCAAAAUACAUUUAUAUCCAAGAAAAUCAAAAAGCAAGGCUAAUGGAAAAAAAAGCGGUCACGACACAGACACUGAUGCUGACGAAGAAGAAGGGCAUAUCGGAAAUGAUGAGGAAGGUGGCAAUGAAAAAGACAUAAAUCGUGACAAAGACCAUCGGAUCAAUGAGGAUGAUACAAGCCCGUCAGAUGAGAAAGGAUCUCCUGAAGCUAAUGGAGAAAUUUCGGUUUCUUUAAUUCGAGCUAAAAACCUAUCUUUAUUACAAAGCCAGGAAAUAUCUACUAGUCAGCAAAAUUUUUUCAAAAUGUUAGAUCAAAAAAUAGAAGAUGGUCCCGAUUAUGAUUCAAAUAGUGAAACAGAAAUAGCAUUAGAAGAGGCACGUUUAAAUGCUCUUGUUCAACAUUGGGAAUCAGCAAGCCUAACAGCAUCGUUGUGUUCAUCAGCGAGUAGAUCGCUACAAACUACACCAGUACGUCAAGUGCCAAUUACAACAACUGCAGUAUCCUCAUUAAAUAGACAUCCUCAACCGGCUGGUUUAAUACGUGCCACAAUGAAUUCAUUAGCGACAUUACAACAACCACUUAGUACAGCAGAUAUAUUAACACAUCAUAAUACACAACCGCCUGGUAUGGUAUUAACACAACAUCAAAUAAUACAACAGCAGCAACAGCAAGCUUUAGUUAGCGGUAAUGGUCCACCACAUAUGAUGAUGAAUGUUAGCAGUGUUAUGAUACCAGUUUCUGGUUCACCUCAAGCUCAACUUAUCGGUAAAAAUUCAAUGAAUAUGAGUCCGAAACGUAUUGGAGAUCCUCGUACAAUGGUUAUAACAUCUCAAGCAACUGGUAUUCAUUCUUCAUAUGCUAUUGGGCCACAAGCAGUUCCAUUACAAAUGCAAGCACAACAACAACAAAUAAUGAUGAUGGGUGCACCAAUGGGAUUAGGUACAAGACCUAGACCACCAAAUUUAAUAUCAAUGGGAAUGGUUAGCGGUAUUACACAACAACAAUUGCAAUCACAACAACAGCAACAACAACAAUCACAACAACAGCAACAGCAACAACAACAACCUCAAAAUCAAACUUCUCAACCACCUGGAGUAAUGCCCACAGCAAUGCAAAUCUCACAAUAUUAUGGCCAACCUCAACCGCAAACAUAUUUUGGUGAAGUUUUACAUCCUAUGCAGGUACCACAAGCGCCUCCAGAAUAUAGAUUUCCACCUGCAAUUAGUGUUCAGCGUUUAGCGCCACAGGUACAGCGACAAUUACGUGAAACACAAGAAUUAAUAAAAGACUCAUGUCCUCAACUAUAUGCAGCAGGAUAUGGUAGUCCUGGGCCACCGUUACGUAGUCAACCAAGGAAUUCAAGACGGCCACCCACCUUGGAGACACAAUACUCCACGGAAUUAUCGUGAUAUCUAGAAUAAUAAAAAUAAUUAUCUAUGUAAAACAAAUAACAAAAAAAAAAAAGAAAAAAAAAAAUACCAGAACAUUCAAAAAAAAAAUUAAUAUUAAAAAAUUUUUUAUCUUAAGUUAAUUUAUAAUUAUAUUUAUUUAAAUUCAUUGUAAUUUAUUUUA